CCACUGUCUCCGAGCGGAGGCUUGUUGCAGUAUUAAAAUAAUAACGCGAGAGUUGCAAGUUGCUUCCCUCUUCCCCGACCGUAAAACUGUCAAAGGUAGCCGGGAAGGGGGGCGCGGGGGAUCGCGCAUGAGCCAGCGCCGCCUCGCCCGCUCCAAGCGCGCGUGUGAGUGUGUGUGCGUGCGGGGGCCCUGGAGAGCUCGCCACAGGCACCGAGAGAUGGCGGAUCCAUAUUCCUUCAGAGGUGGAAGGAGAGCUGCAGGGUCCAGCAAAACUAGCGCAAGCAAAGAAGGCAGCAGGACAGAGAUGAGGGUAAAUCCGACCCCUGAGCCCCACAAGCUGGGAAAUGCAACCAGCGACAAAACAGAAGGCAAGAAGAAAGGGAGACCUAAGGCAGAAAACCAGGUGCUGAAAGACAUUCCUCUGCCCCUGAUGAACCAGUGGAAAGAUGAGUUCAAGGCCCAUUCCAGGGUGAAGUGCCCCAAUUCAGGCUGCUGGCUGGAGUUCCCCAGUAUUUACGGCCUGAAGUACCAUUAUCAGCGCUGCCAAGGGGUAAGGAGGAUGGAGGGGGCGAUCUCGGAGAAGCUGACUUACCCUUGCUCUUACUGCGAAGCUGCCUUCACAUCCAAGACCCAGCUGGAAAAGCACAGGCUCUGGAACCACUUGGAUAGGCCAGUACCAGCUAGCAAAGCAGAAAACAAAGUGCAGAAAGCUGUUGGCAAGGCCAGUGGCAAGAAAAGAGCUGCUGAGAGUUCAGAUUCCCCCACCAUCCAUCCCAAACAGGCAAAGGUGGAGAAGACUGUGGCCCAGGAGCUCCCCGAGAAUGGAGAGUGCCUGGUGCAGAGCAGGAAGAACAAAGUGUUUCAGAUCACGGCAGCGGAGGCAGUAGCAGCAGCUACCCCAACGGCCAAGUCUUCGAGCUGCAAGGAUCCCAAACAGCAAGGGGGCAAGCAGGCUUCCCUCCAGGAGGAGGACCCAGAGAGGAUGAAGCACAGAAGGAAACAGAAAACUCCUAAGAAAUUUACCGGGGAGCAACCAUCCAUCUCGGGGACAUUUGGAUUGAAAGGCCUGGCAAAAGCAGAGGACAAGGCAAAGGCCCAUCGAGCCAAGAAACUGGAGGGGACCAGCAGCAUGGAUGAGCUGAAAAAGAAGCCUUCAGGAGCUGCUGUGAAAAGGGAGGCCGUCGCGCAUUUAUCGUCAGCAAACCCAGAGGACCAAUGGCAGCGGGAGAUCAAUGAGAAAGGAGAAGUUGCCUGUCCUACGUGUGGCGUUAUAACCAGGAAAACCAUUGUUGGGCUCAAAAAGCACAUGGACGUCUGUCAAAAACUGCAGGAUGCCUUGAAAUGUCAACACUGCAAAAAGCAGUUCAAGUCCAAAGCUGGGCUCAACUAUCACACCAUGGCCAAGCAUGUCAACAAGCCUGGUCCUGUGGAAACUGCUGGAGUUGGUGAACAGGAAGAGCGGGAAAGGCUGAGGAAAGUGCUAAAGCAGAUGGGGAAACUGAAAUGUCCCAACGAGGGGUGCACAGCCAACUUUUCCAGUCUGAUGGGGUACCAGUACCACCAGAAACGGUGUGGGAAGCAGCCCUCUGAAGUGGAGAAGCCCAUAUUCACCUGCCCACAUUGCAGGAAGAAGUAUAAAUCCAAGGCAGGACACGACUACCACAUGCGGUCGGAGCACACUUCUUCGCCUCCCGAAGAGCCAGAGGUGAAGCCAGAGGCCAGCCCAGUAGAAGAUUUUGAAAGGACUCCUAGUGGUAGAAUCCGGCGCACAUCAGCCCAAGUAGCGGUCUUCCACCUGCAGGAGAUAGCUGAGGACGAACUGGCCAAGGACUGGACCAAACGAAGGAUGAAGGACGACCUGGUACCUGAAACUAAGCGACUAAAUUACACCCGGCCGGGGCUUCCGAAGUUAAAUCCGAGCCUCUUGGAAACCUGGAAAAAUGAAGUGAAGGAGAAAGGACACGUCAACUGCCCCAAUAACAGCUGUGAAGCCAUCUACUCCAGCGUUUCUGGCCUGAAAGCCCACCUGACUAACUGCAACAAGGGAGACCACUCUGUUGGGAAGUACCGGUGCCUCCUCUGCCAGAAGGAGUUUAGCUCAGAAAGUGGAGUCAAGUACCAUAUCCUCAAGACUCACUCAGAGAACUGGUUCCGAACCUCUUCAGAGGCUGCCCAGAAGAAAAAGAACAGGGACCAGAUUUCCUCCAGCCAGGAGGAGAAAAAGACAAGCACAAGUGGGAAGAAAAGGGGGAGGAAACCCAAGGAAAGGCCCCCGGAAACGUCUCUGAAAGGCAAGGAGAGCUCGGCAGCAAAGACUAAUCAUAAGAAAGCCCCGGAGCCCUGGGAAGGAUCCAACUGCAGCCCCGAAGGGAGAGAGAGAGGCACCAAGCUGCCCACCCACAGGAAAGGGGGAGCCAGUAAGAUGCCUGAGAAAUAAGGGGUUCAGAGACUCUCCGAGCAUUAGUUUACAGCCCAGGGUAAUGGGGUGGGGCCCCUCACGGGUUUCUCUCCCCCGCCACCUGCUCAUCCAUUUGUUUGUUGUUGUUUUUUUAAAAAAAAACACAACAAAAAACCACUUUAAAAUCAUGGACCUUGUUUCACACUGGAAAAAAAGCAAAGACUGCGAUUCUCCAUCCGUCACCCCCGUGCACACGCCCGUACCCCUCGACUCCCCUCCACACGCACGCGUGUGCACUUGUGUGUACACACGGGCUGCCCAGCUCUUCCGCUGACAUGUCACGUAACGCAGCCAAACCCCUGCAAAGCGGGGACUCCCCCGCUGACC